UAUUUCGAAAUAAUCUUUUAAACAUAUGGGGAAUGCAGCAUAGUCUUGGAGACACAUCACAUAAUGGCACUACAAAGCCCUUGCCUGCAGGUUUCAGCACCACCUAUCACUCAUGUUGCAACAACUAGAAUGAAUUUCAGAAUCAGCUCUCCGCGUCUAAUGCACACUCAGGAGCGCUUUUUCCAAUUCCAAAAUCUUCCGUCAGUACCAAGACUUACACCUACAGUUGUAUGUCAAAGACCAAAGCACUUAGUCACUUGUGCAUUAAAUAUCUCAAGAGGAGAGUCUGGUGGACCUGAAGAGAAUAAAAAUGUCUACUUGGAGAAAGUUAAAAAUAUAUUGGAGGAUUGCUGUGAAUCUAUCAAAGCAUUUCCAUGGAAAAAAGCCUAUACAAAGUUUUUGCAUCAUUUGUUUAGCCUUGCAUUUUGGGUGGCAAAGUGGCUCUCCAUUCCUGUGGUCAUCAUCUCAUCUCUAAGCGAAAUGAGCUACUGUGGAUGGGAAAACAAGGAGCUACUGAUACCAUUUGGUAUGGUAGUUGGUAUUGUUCUUGCCGGAAUUUUGAAGGAAACUGCAAUUGAAUUGUCAGAGGAUGUUCAGGAAGGAAAGUUUCCAUGGCAUCUUCUUAUAAUUGGGGCUUUUUUUGCAUUGAUCAAGUUACCUGGGCCAUAUUAUCCAUACUGGUUACGUGUCUUUCUUCCACACUUUGCGACUGGUGGGUUAUUGAGGACGCUUUGGUCUGCAAACAUCUGGUAUAAGACUCAAUCCACGGCACCAAAAUUGGAAACUGAUCCUGGAAUAAAUUUGAAUUAAAAAAUGGGUCAACCACAGGAAAAGGCUGGGGUCUCAGAAAUUGGUUUGGAGGUAGAAUUAAUGAUCAUUUAUGAAAUACAUGCAGUUGACAUAAGUGUAAGGAUCUGAUUGUGUUUUUGGAUCCCUGAUAUCUAUGAGAAUGUGAAAGGGUAUUUAAAUGUAAAAGUUUCUUAGGAAGCAAUGGUGGAUCCCUUCUUUGCAGUUUGUGCCAACAUAAGAAAAUGAUCUCACUAACCACACCUAAUGUUGGAUAUAUUUAAGAGGCAGAACUCAUUGACAGGAAUUUUUUUCUGUAUCCUACUCUGCUGGAGUAGCUGGAAUGAUUUUGAGAAUGUAGAUUAUCUUAGACUUUAUGUUGGACAAAUCUCUGAAUGUUCAUCUUUAGUGAAGUUUGGUUGUUAUUUCACUUA